CGGUUCAAAUGUGUGUUGGCCAGUGCGGACAUCGCUGCGGCAGAGGGAGGUGGAUUGCGCAAGUGCUCUUGAAUUUUAGAAAUUUACUGAUUUCGGCCUUGAAAUGGUUCGGAACUACAAAAGAAAGACUGAACGUGGGUCAGCAACACCCCAACUAAUGCAGGAGGCUGCUGAUUUUGUUCGAAAUAAGAAUAAAUCAGUGAGAGAGUCCGCACAACUGUUUGGUGUCCACUACUCAACCUUACAACGAUUUAUUCACAAAACCUCUGGCAACACUGCUAAAAACAAUACACAUGUAGGAUAUGCCAAACCAAGACAAGUAUUUACAUGUGAGCAGGAAGAAGAAUUAGUAUCCUAUCUGAAAACAGCAGCAGCAAUUUAUUUUGGUCUUUCUCCGAGAGAAGUCAAGGAACUGGCUUUCAAAUGCGCCAAUGAAGCAAAGAUAGAAAUGCCUGAUAAUUGGCGCAAUGAUAAAUAUGCUGGAAAAGACUGGUUUUCAGGUUUCAUGAAGCGACAUGGACAAGAACUCUCAAUUAGACAACCUGAAGCGACAAGUUUGUCCAGAGCUACAAGUUUCAACAAGCAUAAUGUAGAGUUAUUUUUCUCCAAGCUUUCUUCUCUCAUGGAUAAGUAUAAAUUUGAACCUCAAGACAUAUGGAAUGCUGAUGAAAGUGGAGUGACAACUGUUCAGAAACCUCGUGCAGUGGUAGCAGUUAAGGGCACAAAGCAAGUUGGCUCUCUUACCUCAGCUGAGAGAGGACAACUUGUUACAUUUUGUGUUGCUGUCAGUGCCAUUGGAGGGUCUGUUCCUCCCAUGUUGAUAUUUCCACGGAAAAACUACCAUGAUCAUUUCAUAAGGGAUGGCCCAGAAGGAUCAAUUGGAGCCUGUCACCCUUCUGGAUGGAUGACACAGGAUAACUUCUUACUGUUUAUGAAGCAUUUCAUUAAGCAUACAAAAGCAACUGUCGAGAAACCUAUCUUGUUGUUGCUAAAUAUUCACCAAUCUCAUGUUAACUAUGAUGUUAUCACAUUAUGCAAGGAAAAUGGAGUGGUUUUGCUGUCAUUUCCUCCACACUGCUCCCACAAGUUGCAGCCCUUAGAUAGGUCUGUUUAUGGACCUUUCAAGCGUUACCUGAGUUCAGCUCAGAAUGACUGGUUACGGAAUAAUCCUGGAAAAAGAAUGACCAUUUACGACAUUCCUUCUCAAGUAAAAAAAGCUUUUCUGAGAGCUUCAACUCCCAUUAACAUCACGAGUGGCUUUAAAGUCAGCGGCAUCAGUCCUUUGAAUACAAAUAUCUUUGAUGACUGGGAGUUUGCUCCCUCUUCAGUAACGGAUCGCCCAGUGAGGCAGCAAUGUGAACAGGAUGCGGCCAAAGCAAUGCAAGAUGUCUCAGAGGUUUCAAAAUCGGUAGAUGAACAUUGGUUUUCUUCCACUUCUGCAUCAAUGGAACCCCAUCCUUCCUCUUCUACAGCCAGUGAACCCCUUCCUUCCACUUCAACUGCAGUAGGACCACAACCAGCAGUAGCUUCUUUCAUUACUGAUCAAGUUGAAACUGCAAAUGUUGGUGAGUCUUCCCUUUGCCCAGAAAAAAUCAUGCCACAUCCAAAAGCAACACCUCGGAAAAAGAAAUGUAAUACAGGCAGAAAAGCACGUAAAAGUGCCAUAUUAACAGACACACCUGAAAGAAAUGCUCUGUUUGCUGAAGCCAUUAAGAAAAAAACAAAAAGAAUGAUGUCAAAGAAAAGAAAGCCACCAAGAAAAGGAAGCAGGAGUUUUUACACAAAGUUCGAUCCAAAAAACCUGUUGAAAAGUACGACAUAUCCAGCUCAGACGACGAAGACUGGUAUUGUCUGAUUUGUGUAGAACCAUAUUCCAAUAGCAGGCCCCGGGAGAAAUGGAUUCAAUGUAGUACAUGCAGAGGAUGGUCUCAUGAGGAAUGUUUGGGAACAGAUGGAGGUAUAUAUUAUAUUUGUCAUAACUGUGAAUCUGAUGAUGAAUAAAUUUAAGGUUCAUCGGUUCAGUUUAUUGUGGAUUUCUAUUUUCUUAUCAUUUAAAUAAACUCUCAAAAGUUA